AAACAUAUCGAGUUUUUCAUUUAACGUGCUUAAAUAUGUAUGAUUCAGUUCUUGGCAACAAUCCAUUACUUACGUGUGCUUUUCAUCUGAAUUUUAUGCGCCCGUCGAAUUUCAGUUGAACCGUGAAUGACUUGUUUAGUUAGAGCAAUGCAUAUUCCUUACGUAAAAAUUGCAAUUUACGCUUUAACCUUUCUGACAUACGCUUACUCUGGUUACGGUGCUGGCGUAUUAGGAAAUGUACGAGACGCUUUAAUCGCCGCUGAAGCUGUCUUCGGCGAUAUACUAAAAAACAUCAUAACUGUUGCGAAGAAAUUUAAGGUGAUACACGAUGUUUUCGAUGCCGCUGUUGAAGAAAAUUGCCGAUAUACAUGCCCGGACGGAUCACCACCGCAGCGAAACAAGCAUCACAUUCCACACUCAGAUGGAUGUGGAAGUUUGGGAUUGCAAAUAGACUCGCAGUAUUUGCCAAUAGCAGAGAUGACUAUAUGUUGUGAUGCUCAUGAUAUUUGUUAUGAUACUUGCAAUUCAGAUAAAGAGUUAUGUGAUAUUGAAUUUAAACGGUGUUUGUACAAGUAUUGUGAUACUUAUGAGAAAACAGUGGGAGAUUUGGUCAUGAAAGGAUGUAAAGGAGCAGCAAAAAUGCUUUUUACAGGUACUUUAACAUUAGGAUGUAAAUCCUACAUAGAUGCACAAAAAGAAUCUUGCUACUGUCCUACGAAGUUCAAAGAAUAUUCUAAAGGAAAAAAGUAUACUACAAAGGCAAAUGAAGAUUUAUGAUAAUUAUAUUUUUAUGAAUAUAAUUUUGAUAUAAUUGGAAACAAAGUACUGUUUAGAAAUAAUAUUUAUAU